AUGUUUCGAAUUCUAUUUUUUCUUACUACUUUCUAUUUCGUAUUUACAUUACCAAAAGAAUCUAUACAUAUUGUCGAAGAUUUACCGAUUGGUACAUCAAUAUUUACAUUUUCCACUGAUGGUUGCAACACAGUUCGUGCUGCUGGUACCUAUCGUUUUGUGGAUAGUCAAAAAAACUCAAACGAUUUCUUCCUUAUUGAUCCAUAUACGGGACGUGUGACAACAAAGAAAUUAAUCGAUCGCGAUGAUUUUUGUCUUCGCCGUAUGUGUUCAUGCUCGAAAUGUGAAAUUACUCUCGAAGUUUUAUGCGUUAAUAUGGGUAAAAUAUUUUUCAAUGAUUUAUCUAUUGUCGUCGAUGAUCGUAACGAUCAUUCGCCACAAUUUUCAAAAUCUUCAAUAACAAUCGAUGUACUCGAGAAUGUACCUAUUGGUUAUUUAAUUCCAAUUGAUAUUGCUAUUGAUCUAGAUUAUGGAAAUAAUUCUAUUCAAGGCUAUAAUCUUUUCGAAGACAAUUCAACAAAUAAAAUUAUUAACGCAUUUCAAAUUGAAUAUUCAAAAAAAAAUGAUCUACUCGCUUUGCGUCUUAAUAGGACACUCGAUCGAGAAUUAUAUCAUUCUCUAGAAUAUAUUAUUCAAGCGUUCGAUGGUGGACAACCACAAGCACUUAUAGGUCGUUUAAAUAUUUAUAUAAAUAUUCUUGAUGUCAACGAUAUGUCGCCAGUAUUUGAUCGUUCUGAGAUUAAUGUACUUAUAAGUGAAUCAACACCAAUUGGUUCAUUUAUUGGACGUGUACAUGCAUUCGAUGGUGAUACUGGUCUUAAUGGGCUUGUGUACUAUACAAUUGUUUCGUCAGAUCCGCCGGCUAAUGGAACAUUUAUAUUAUCGAAAGAAACAGGAGCAAUACAUCUCGGUAGAUCUCUUGAUUAUGAAAAAGAAAAAUCGUAUCGAAUGAAAAUAAAAGCACAAGAUAAUGGACCACAACAAGUUUCAAUACCAGCUUUUGCCAUGAUUCAUAUUGAUAUACAAGAUGAAAACGACAAUUAUCCAAUGAUUUCACCAUCGUUUAAUGAUGAUCGAAUUUCAGGUGUUGAACAUGUGCUCAAUAGUAGUGUAAUUAAAGUUCGUGAAAAUCUUUCCAAUGGAACAUUUUUAGGUCAUAUCUCAAUUAGUGAUCUCGAUCAUGGUAACAAUGGUCGAGUAAGUUGGUCAAUCGAGAGUAACGGAUCAAUUUCUAUAAAGAAAUUAUUUAAUAAUGAAGCUUUUCUUAUAUUUACCGCAUGUAAAUUUGAUCGGGAAAAACAAUCAAAAUAUGACGUUCAUCUUACAGCACACGAUCAUGGUAUAGUACCACUUUCAAGUACAUUCAAUUUUACGUUAAUAAUCAUGGAUGAAAAUGAUAAUCCGCCAAAAUUCGACGAAGAAAUUUAUUCAAUUGAUAUCAUUGAAACAAUACCUUUAAAUUCAAUUCUUAUUCAUUUUCAUGCUACAGAUCCUGACGAAGAAAAUACAUUCAAUAGUCAAAUUGAAUAUCGAUUAUAUAAUCAAACAAUAUUUUCACUGAAUUCAAUGACAGGCGAAUUACGUUUAACUGGUAAACUUGAUCGAGAAGAAAAAUCCAGUUAUGAAUUCGAUAUUAUUGCAUUUGAUCAUGGUCAACCUCAACCUCUAUCGUCUACAGUUCAUUGUAUAAUCCAUUUGAUUGAUAUAAAUGACAAUUAUCCGAUAUUUGAUUUAUCGACGUAUCUAUUUGAAAUACCGGAAACAUGGUCGAAUCUUUCGCCGAUCGGUCAUGUACAUGCGACGGAUGCGGAUGAAUAUUACGGUGAAUUAACUUAUGAAUUAGUACAAAAUGAAACUAUAAUGAACACGGAAUGGCCAUUUGAAUUGACAUCCAAUGGUACACUAUACGUGAAGCGAGCAUCGGCUGGUAUUGAUUAUGAACAUCGCUCGAUUUAUCAAUUUUCAAUUCUAGCCAUUGAUAAUAAUCGUCUUAAUACAAGUGUACCUGUAAUCGUUCGUAUUUUAAAUCGUAAUGAUUUUUGUCCUGAACUAGUUAAUAAUUCAACGGCUUUAUUUUUUAAUACGGAUCUUUGGUUUAAUAAUUCGUAUGGUAAAAAUAAUCAUUACUAUUUAGAAUUAUUCGACGGUGAUAAUGAUACGUGUUCAAUUGAAUUACUUAAUUUUAGUGAUAUGUUUAAAAUUGAAUUUAUUAAACGAAAUCUAUACUUAUUAUAUGCAAAUGCACUACCGGAACGUGAAUAUUACAUUCUACAAUUUCGUAUUCAAGAUCUUAUAAACGAAACUUUCGAUCGAUCAUGCGUUCGCUUUACACAAUUAGUUUUAACAAUCGGUACCAAUGAAACCAAUGAAACAGUAGCUAUCGAUUCAGCACAAGAAUAUUUAGAAACAAUGCGUUUAAUGUCUCGACGUACAUAUUCGCAUUUUAAUUUAACAGUAUUUAAUAUUAUAUUUGCUGUUCUUUUUCUAUCAAUCGCAAUUAUUAUUGGUGUAAUUUUAAUUAAAUUAAUUUAUCUUUCAUCUCAUUCGUGUCAUCAACGUAAAGGACGAAAACACAGAAAGAAUACGCAUACACUUUAUCGUCUUCAAGGUCCAACUGAAACUCAAUUGCCUUUACUUGACAAUGGAUCAGGCGAACAAUCAUUGACCUCAUCGUUGACUAUUCCUGGAAACAGAAAGUCAACUAUGAAUAGAAAUCUGCAUUAUUCUACUGAUAAUGAUGAACAACAGCAGCGACUUUUAUGUCAAUUAAAUUCAAAGCCUAUAUCAAUAAUGAAGAAAUCGAAUGAAUUUAACACAUUUACAUUGAAAUCAACUAAUAAUCCGUAUGAUAUUAUUAGUGAUAUGCCUUAUUCGGGUAUUUCUCCAUCAUCAUCGACAUCUUAUCCGCAUAUGAGAGAUAGCGGUUAUGAAACAACAUCAUCGAAUCUAGAUCGACAACGUUUUCUUUCACCCGCAAGUCCAUCCGAUGUUAGUCUCUCAACCGAUGAUCAAUUAAUAAAUGUUACGUAUUUUUCAUCAUCAAUACCAAUUCAACAUGAUUUAUCAUUAUCUUCUUCGAAUACAAUAUCGCGAACCUUGAAAACAUUUGCACAUGUGCCGACGGCGAACAUUACAGGAAAUGAAUCAUUUUCAUCCUCAACAAUGAUGAGUGCUCGGCUUGCUGAACAGGAAGUUAUCGAAGUUUAA